CAAUUAUUUUGUAGAAAUAGAAGUUCGUCAAUUUAAAUAUCAUGAAUAUUGGUAUUUGUUCUGAAAUAAAUUGUAGUUCGUGGCCGAUGUUCGUCGAAAAGAUGGUGACGGUAGCCGCUGUACGUCAACAACUCGCAAAUUUGGCACAUUCUGGCGGUUCUCAUAAGGAUCAAGCCGAAAAGUAUCGUUCAAUUUUAGAUGCGAUACUAGCUUCGGCUAACUCAAACCAAACACAAGCCAACGGAGAGCUUGUCGAUGCUUUAAAGGCUUUCAUCGAAGCAAUUGUAAAUGAAAAUGUAAGUCUAGUGAUAUCAAGGCAAGUUUUGACAGACGUUAGUAGUAGAUUACUUUCCCUACCUGAUGAAAUUUCUAAGGCUGUCUCACAUUAUACUUUAGAUAAGGUUCAACCACGAGUUAUCUCUUUUGAGGAACAAGUAGCUAGUAUAAGACAACAUUUGGCUGAUAUUUAUGAACGCAAUCAAAAUUGGCGAGAAGCAGCUAAUGUGUUAGUAGGAAUACCACUUGAAACAGGACAAAAACAAUAUACGGUUGAUUAUAAACUCGAAACUUAUCUUAAGAUUGCACGAUUGUAUCUAGAAGAUGAUGAUCCAGUACAAGCUGAAGCUUUCAUUAAUAGAGCAUCUCUCUUGCAGGCAGAAUCUAAAAAUGAACAAUUACAAAUCUAUUAUAAAGUUUGUUACGCGAGAGUAUUAGAUUACAGAAGAAAAUUUAUAGAAGCGGCACAAAGAUAUAACGAACUAUCAUAUAGAUCUAUUAUACACGAAGAUGAACGAAUGACUGCUCUUAGAAAUGCAUUAAUUUGUACAGUACUUGCUUCAGCUGGACAACAAAGAAGUCGUAUGCUAGCAACAUUAUUCAAAGAUGAACGUUGUCAACAACUUCCUGCAUAUUCAAUUUUGGAAAAGAUGUACUUAGAUCGUAUAAUUCGUCGUUCUGAACUUCAAGAAUUUGAAGCUCUUCUACAGCCACAUCAAAAAGCUUGUACUAUUGAUGGAUUGGGAUCUACUAUUCUUGAUAGAGCCGUUAUUGAACAUAAUUUAUUAUCUGCUAGCAAAUUAUAUAAUAAUAUUACCUUUGAAGAAUUGGGUGCUUUACUGGAAAUUCCACCAACGAAAGCUGAAAAAAUUGCUAGUCAAAUGAUAACUGAAGGCAGAAUGAAUGGUUAUAUUGAUCAAAUUGAUUCUAUUGUACAUUUCGAAACACGUGAAACAUUACCAACUUGGGACAAACAGAUACAAUCAUUGUGCUAUCAAGUAAAUCAAAUAAUAGAAAAGAUUGCCCAAACUGAACCAGAAUGGAUUGCAAAAGCAAUAGAAGAUCAACUAGUUCACUAACAUCAGUCUUUGUUUAAUAAUGAAAAGAAUUCUCAUGGUAUAGGUAAUCUACUUUUGUGUUUAAUUUUUCAUCCAGCAUUUGGUUACUAUCACUUUCUUAUGAUCAAACAUACAGAUUUAUUAUGCUAGGGAAGCUUUCACCUUAGUAUAUAUAAAAUCUCUAUUGUAUUAUUAUUAUAAUAUAAAGAUACAAUUUUUUCAAAAGUUAAAAAACUUGUAAGCGCUACAUAAAAAUUAUAGAAAACUUUCAUGUGUCUAAUUUAUAGAUUACCCAAUUUCUGUGUUUAUUAUCCAAGAAAGAAAUUAAACAAAUUUAUAAAAUAAAAAAAAACGGUAGUAAAUAUUGAUAUAUAUAUAAAUAGUAAGAAAACAAAAAAAUUAGAUGUAUUUUCUGUACAGAUUACAUUAUCCCUACUAUUAAUCAAUGUUAUUAAUGUUAAAAAAAGAAAUAGGAGAGAUAUUUAUAUUAUUUAUCAAUUUUUUAUGUUUUAUAACUCAUAAUUAAAUUAAAACUAUAAAACUUUAACACAUGUUAUUUUCAAAACUCAUUUAUAUUUUCUAUAUAAAAUAAAGCUGUGAAGUAAUAACUAUAAAAUUGUGUUGGUGAUAUAUUGGAAACUUGGAAAAUAUAAGCCAUAUUUAAUGUAAGAAUUGCAAUUAUAUAUUGCAAUUUUUGUUAGAAGUUUUGAUUAUACACACACACACACACAUACAUACAUACAUAUAUAUAUAUAUAUAUAUAUAUAUAUAUAUAUAUAUAUAUAUGUAUAUCAUGAAAAAGCGAUUUUAAGUCAGAGUCUAGUCUAGUGAAAAACGAAAAAAAAUGAAAGAAAAAAGAUAUUUGUUAGUUUAUGCAAAUUUACGAUUAAAGCAAAUAUUUCCUAAUUUCAUAAUAAAUUAACAAAUAAAAUGGCACUUAUUUACCAAGAAUUGAAAAAUAUACCUACCCAGUAUAUGUAGUGAUAUUCCAGCAAUAAGAAAAAAUAUAUGUAUUGCGGUACUAAGAAUAAUAUCUUUAUAAAUUUUAUAUCAUUAUUGUUUUAAUAAUUAUUUGACAUAGAUAAUGAUUGGUCUAAAGAUAUAUCAGAUUAAAGAAGGAUAUUGUCUUUAAAAUGUACUAGAGCUAGACAACGACUUAAUCUCACUAUUUACAUUAUAAGUAUAAUUGAAUAUAUUUGAUUGUGUACCACAUGCAUCUAUCUUUAUGAUAUUAUAUCAUAUUAGGAACAAAAUUGUUGUACUAUGGGGCAUUGAUAAAAGAUAUGUUAUGUGCAAAAUAAUUUUUUGUCAAUAAAAUGUAUUGCUCGUUUUGUGAAUGAAUGUCAGAAUUCUUACAUAAAUACAUUGGUGAGAAGUACUAAA